AUGUCCCAACCUCUUCCAACUUCUUCUCUAUGCCAAAACAGACCUGCAUCACUUCAUCCGCCGCCCACCCCUGCUCCGCCACCACCUCCACCCCCGACACCACCUCAUCCGCCGCCCACCCCUGCUCCGCCACCACACCAGAUCUUUCCCUCUUCUCCUCAUCUUGUGGAAACCUUAAUCAGACCUAACCAGCCGCACCCCCUUGCUUCUCCUCCUUUCUCUCUCUGUUCGGUGACCAGAGCCGGUUGCCGGCUCCCCUUCUUCUCCGGCGAGCCCCCCACCCACUCCACCUCCUUUCUUCUCUCGACGAAACCCCCAUACCCCCCACGUCACCUGCAACCCCCCUCUUCGUUUGGCAGCGACGACAAGAACGAGGUGGAAGUGAGAAGUGAGAUGGCGCUGGUGGUUGCGAUGGUGGUGGUGGUGUUGGUGGGUUUCCGGUGA